AUGACUGUCGCUUAUCCAGGUUUGAAUACAAAAACAACUGGUGAUGUUUUGACCUACAAGAAAUUUACACGCGAUUUGGAAAAUAUAUUUGAUAAUGAAGAUCCAAUUAUUGCAGUGGCUGUUAUUGAAGAUAAACCCAUAUUAAGAACUUAUGUCCCUGGAUAUAAUAUACCAAGAAUGAAAAGACCAAACAAUCAAGAUCUACCAAUAGAAUUAGAUCAGGAAAAAGAUUCGACGUCAAAACCAAAAAAUGUAGACCUACAAAUGGCGUCUCAAAAUUCCGCUGCAAUUAGUUUACGUGAUGAAAGUGAUGAAUUUAAAGGUAUACAACUGACACAAAAACAAAAGAGUAUGCUUCGUAAAAAAUGGCGGAAUUCCUGUGACAAGCAAGCUGCGAAAACUUGCAAGAAAGCGUGUGAUAAUGCGAGAAAACGCGCUUGCGACGACUUUCAUUGCAAGAAGAGUAUAAGUAAAAGUUUCAAAAAGCAUUGCAAAUCGAGUUGUAAACAUUUCUUCUUAGGUACCCGGUCUAUUUCAAACGAGAUCUCCGAUUGAU